AUGUAUCAUAGAACCAGAGCUUCCUCCGUCCAUUAUCCGAUCGCUAAGAAGACCAAGGACCCUAGCAAUGGGAUGAUAAAUCUGACGGAUGUUGGAGGACCACCACCUCACAUGAACGGUGGCCCAGCGGCCGGUUUGCCACACAUGAUGCCCACGCCGGUUGUAGCCGGCGCUGGUAUAGCCAUGAUGGGCCAACAUCACCAGCAACAGCAGCAGCAGCAACAGCAUCAACAGCAACAACAACAACAGCAGCAAUCACAUCCCCAGCAACGUCUCGUCGGAGCACCAUCACAUCAGUUGCCACCAUCGGGAAUGCAUCAUCCACACGGACCACCUCCUCCACCACCGGGUGUUAGCAUUGGAGGACCUCCUCAUCCCGGUUUACUAACCCCAGCCACCGGUGGACCACAAACUCGACCGUCAGCCCGUGAACGCGCGAUGCAUGCCGUUGAAUACUACAAAAGCAACGUUCGAAGAGCACGCGUAGACGCCGGUUUGGCGCGAAACUCUCUACACGAGCGCUACUCGUACGUCCAACGGCAGAUGGUCGGCAUGGGCAAUGGGACCGGAAUCGGUACGAAGCUGUCACCGCACGGACACGCGGAUCACCUCUACCGGAGCAACUCGAGUCUUGAGCUGAUCCACGAUCAUGGUGGUGCUGGCGUUCCGGACCAUCUACACCCGGGUGGUGGAACGAAUCUUCGACGCGAAUACGGUAGCCACGGUUCGAUCGAUGUGAUCUCGUCCGAUCGACAUUCGCACCAUCAUCAUCAUCACCAGCAGGGUCAGGGUGCACCGACACCGGGUGAAAGCUUCCUCACGAUGCUGCAGGAGUACCAACCGUUCGGGCUGGAUGCGUCCUCGCUACUUUACUCGCUCAACAAACAUCAUUCGACAGGACACGGACAUGGUGGAGGUGGUAAUGGUGCCACCGGCGUGUCCUCAGGAGCAAUUCAGCUCAGCGGUGAGGAUGUGGUCGAUCGCGGUGGUAAUGCAAGCCCGAAGCUAAGGAAUAAAUUCCACCGACUGUGGGGUUCUGGUGCGACCGGGAGCAAUGGAUCCACGAACGGAUCUGGCAAGCAAUCGCGGCAGGUGUCGGCGAAUGGUGCUGGUGGAGCGGCUUCCCUUGACGAUAGCCAGCUGUGUAUGGCGUUGAACGUAAGCGCCAGCUCAACCACAACGACUGUCUCAUCGGCGGACAUUGAGGAACGGCAGCGUCGUCGAGCGUUCGCACAUUUUGAUUGCCGCUCACUUACGGCCAACCUGGGUUAUGCGGCCAAAUUGCGUGGGUUUCUGCUGGAACGGCGACGUAACACCACAACGGGUGCUUCAGCAGCGGCCACAUACGGGACACGAUCAUCCACUCCGGAUGGGGACAGUGUGGAUGAGGACUACGGCGAUGGGCAACAGAACGAGCUGCUCGAGAAUUGUCCCUUCUUCCGGAACGAGAUCGGUGGAGAGGAAGAGCGUGAGGUUAGCCUCACGAGGAUGGCAUCGUCGACGACACCGACUGGGUCUAGUGGAACCGGCAAUGGACAGCAACGACGUGCGAUCCAUCGACCGGCACUUGCGUACGGCGUAUCGGUGCUCGAAUGCGCCGCAAAUGACACCCUGUGGAAAGGUUACACCUGUCCGUAUCAAAAAGGACCGCGGCCAAUCGAACAAACCGACACCGGAGCGCUGUACUACCGGCAGUACUUCUUCGGCCAGGAACACCAGAACUGGUUCGGCAUGGAUGAACACCUCGGCCCGGUGGCGAUCUCGAUUAAGCGUGAAAAGCUCAACCCAACGCCGACACAGACACUUGCCCUGCACGGUUCGGAUGUGGCACCGACGACGACACACGCGGCCGAUCAGUACCUGUACCGGUUGAUCGUGCGCACCUCAGAACUGCUGACCCUGCGCGGUUCCGUCAUCGAGGAUUCCAUUCCGAACGCGCGCGGUGCCGGCAAGCACGCAAAUACCAAAGAGAUUCUCGAGUACGUCGCGCCGGAAGUACAAAUCGGUUGCCUACGGCUGGCGGUCAGCACGGCCCAGUGCGAGCAGCAGCUGCUGAAGCUGGACGAGCAGGGGCUCACGAACAAGUACAAGGUGGGCGUGCUGUACUGCCGGGCUGGCCAGUCCUCCGAGGAGGACAUGUACAACAACGAGGAGGCGGGUCCGGCAUUCAACGAGUUCCUCGACACGAUCGGGCGGCGCGUCCGGUUGAAGGGCUUCGAGCACUACAAGGCCGGGCUGGACAACAAAACCGACUCGACGGGGACGCACUCGCUGUACGCGACACACCAGGAUUGCGAGGUUAUGUUCCACGUGUCGACGAUGCUCCCGUUCACGCCCAACAACCGGCAGCAGCUGCUGCGCAAGCGCCACAUCGGCAACGACAUCGUGACGAUCGUGUUCCAGGAGCCGGGCGCUUUACCCUUCACACCGAAGAACAUCCGCAGCCAGUUCCAGCACGUGUUCGUGAUCGUGCGUGCGGUGAAUCCGUGCACCGAGCACACGCAGUACCGGGUGGCGGUGUCGCGGUCGAAGGACGUGCCCGUGUUUGGGCCACCGGUGCGUGCUGGGUCGCACUUCCCACGUGGCAAACAGUUUGGUGAUUUUCUGCUUUCGAAGGUGAUCAACGCGGAGAACGCCGCACACCGGUCGGUGAAGUUCGCGAUGAUGGCGAUCCGGACGCGCCAGGAGUACCUGAAGGAUCUCGCCACUAACUACAGCACGGCGACGGUGGUCGAGACUGGCCAGCGGUUUUCGAUCUUCCCGAGCAAGAAGCGGGAACGUCCGAGCAAGCCCCGGUUCUCGGGUGACCUGUCGCAGCGGGGUGCCUUCUGCUGGCAGGUGGUGCUGCAUGAUAGCGGUCAGUCGACGUGCGUUGACUGCUUCCUUGGCAUCUCGGCGGAAACGUUCGUGCUGAUCGAGGAGUGCACCCGGCAGAUCAUUUUCGUGACACCGUGCCGGGCCAUACUCGGUUGGUCGACGAGCCAGAAUGCGCUGCGUGUGUACUAUCAUCAGGGAGAGUGCGUGACGCUGAACAUGCGUGACACGGGUGACCGGGAUGAGCAGCUGGAAGUGAUCGAACGGCUGCGUGCAGUGACGAAUGGGUGUGGUGCACUGGAGCUGAGUCUACGCCGUAAUCCGAUGGGUCAGCUGGGUUUCCACGUGCAGCCGGACGGGGUCGUAACCCAGGUGGAAAUAUCCGGCCAAGCUUGGGCCGCUGGUCUCCGGCAGGGUUACCGGUUGGUCGAGAUCUGUAAGGUAGCGGUCGCAACGCUAUCACACGAUCAAAUGGUCGAUCUGCUGAAGACGUCCGCUCAGGUGACGGUAACGGUGAUCGAAUCGUUUGCCGAUUUUACACCGCGACGUGGAUGCACGCUGCAAAACUGUCGCUUCAACUCGAUCAACUACGAGAACGACUACGACAACAUGAUACUGGAGGGAGGAUCCGGCAAAAACGGAACAGGUGGUACCGGUGGAGGAAGCGGCACUGGUAGCAGCAAAAAGGUGCUUCCUGGCGGACAGCUUCAAUCUUCCGCUAGUCACCGGCGCCGGUACGAGCGCAAUUUUUCGCCGCCAAGAUCGAGCAAUAGUUCGGGAUACGGAACAGGAAGCAGCAGUCGAUCGUUUACAGCGGCCGUUGGAAAUGGAGCAAGCAAUGGAGUGACUCCGGGUCAAUCGAUGACUGCCGUUCCACCAGCGAAUGGCACAGAUAUGGGGACGCUAACGUCCUCCUCCAGUGGACACUCGUCGAACGACGAGCGUUGGUACGACGUAUUGGAUCCACCACAGGACACAACCUCCAUGAUGGUGGGUCCACCGUCCGUGAGCUCGGAUCCUAACGCAAACUACCAUCACCCAAAGCUGACGGCGUCAAGUAACUCACUGCCGUUGGUCGGAUCCAGCCCGCGGCCACUUUCGCUCCACAACGAUGGUAGUGGCCAAUCGUCGGCAACAUCGCGCAGCCCCGCUAGCCAGCAAUCGGCUCAAUCGAUGGGACGUGAUAGCUCGGCCAACAUUGCUCUUCGGAAACGAUUAAUUAACGCUGACACUCCCAACGGAACUGGGGAAGUGGUGGCCAUGCAACAGCAACCGCAUCAACAACAGCAGGCACACCCGGAGCCGCUGUACAGCAGCUCGUUGAAGAACCUUUCCAACCACCAUCUUCUGCUGAAUGCCGCUGCUGCAGGUGUCGGUAACACUGAGGAAGAUGAUCUCUCCCGACACAACUCUCCACAGCUACGCCGGUCGGCCACGACAACCAACAUCUACGGCAUCAAUGGGAAAAAGUCGAGUUCGGCUGUGGCAGCCACCUGUUCGGGUAGCAGUGCAUCAAGCAGCCGGAAUAACAGCCCGCGACCCAACGGAACUAAUGGCGAAACGGCCAAACUGCGCAGUGGAGUUUCGGCGGCAUUGAAGGCCGGAGGCCAGCAUCACCCGCAGCGGAACAGUGUUAAUUAUACGACUGGGAGCACUCUGCAGGAGGACCUGAUGAAGCUGAUCAAUCCGGACUACAUUGCAAACGAUGACAAUUUCAAUGCGGGUGCGCUCGAGCGUAUGCAGAAGGGCCACCACAAUAGCCACAGUCUUGGGAACAUUGCCAACCUGGCGGGGGGAUUGAAGCCGAUUCCGCAGAAAAGCCGCUCCCGGGAGGGCAUCAAUUUGGGUGGAUCGAAUCAGCAGCUUUCGGCCGCAAACGGAGGUCAAUCGCUUAAGCUGGCUAACGGUGCCGGUGGCUCAAGCAGCCCCAGCAACGCCAGCAAUGGAGGUGAGGAGGAAGUCAUCUUUACCACCGCUCGCCCGGCAACGGUCAUCUCUUCGACCACGUCAAACAGUUCCAGCCCAGCCAGUGAGCUGUUGGGGAAGCACCACCUGAACGAGGAUCAUUUGAAGAUGUCUCCCAGCCGAAAGCAACAGCAGCAGUUCUUGAAUGGGGGUAUCCUGAAGAAUGGCGGUGGACCGAACGGGGGCGGGAAAAUUCCUCUGCCCGACAUGAAGGAGAUGGAUUGGAGCAGUCUGGUCGACACGGCAACCAAAGCAAUGACACAGUUAUCCGAAACCGUAGCCAAAUCAGGACAUCCUGGCAGCAACGUUUACUAUGACGACAUCAGCCAGGUGUUGAACGGGGUACACCAUCACCAACAACUGCAGCAGCAGCAGCAGAUGGGUCCUGGGCACAAUACGGGUGGCAUGAACGGUGCCGGAGGAACGGCUAUGACCAACGGGAGUGCAGCCGGAGGGAGCAGUAGCAUGAGUGGAACCGGAAGUAGCAUUGGUAGUGGAGUGGAUCUGUCCUCUUCUACGCCAAGCUCGGCUUCGCCCGUGUCGACUGGAAGCAGCAGUGCUGCUGCCGCCCAGCAGCAAGUUCUAAUGGCACUGCAGAACAGUUCGAGCCUACCGGAACUGCAGAGCCAAGUCAGCCAGCUGUCGGAUCGGGUGUUGCGUGAGCAACGCCGUCGUCGAUCGCUCGAGCACGCUGUCCGGCGGCUGACGGAAGAAAACCGCCGCCUUCAGGAUGAAAGUCAGGCGGCCGUGCAGCAACUGCGCCGGUUCACCGAGUGGUUCUUCCAGACGAUCGAUCGACAAUCGUAAUGGAUCGAGUCACGACGCAGACUUGAGUUAAAUUAAAACUCGUACACAUACACACAUUAUGUCGUGUCUUCCAAAGCGUGAUCAGUUUGUAAGGAGAGGAAAACAUGAACAUUCGUUUUUUAUAAUUGACCAAAAAUUAUGUACAUAAAGAAAACGCAUCAGUAAGCAGAACUUUUCAAUUUAUAUACGACGUUACUUAGGGCGAUAGAACAUGAGAGUGGGACACCAGUUUAAAGAUGAACAUUUUUUCUGCAACACCCAUGUAUGCUAACGGUAGCAUACGAACAGACUAUACGAACGAGUUGA